AUGGCGGCUAAUGCUACCACUAACCGGUCUCAGCUGCUGCCUCUAGAGCGCGUGGACAAAUGCAUAGGAUCAAGAAUUCACAUCAUGAUGAAGAGUGAGAAGGAAAUUGUUGGCACACUUCUAGGAUUCGACAACUUUGUCAAUAUGGUGCUGGAAGCUAUCACAGAGUUUGAAAUCACACCAGAAGGAAGACGGAUUACUAAAUUGGAUAAGAUAUUGCUGAAUGGAAAUAGUAUAACCAUGCUGGUUCCUGGAGAAGGACCUGAAGUAUAAAUGGAUU